AAACUCAAAAGCUCAUGCUGGCAUGGCACAAGUCGGGAAGAUGAAGAACGUACCUCUUUUCAUGCUUCUAGUAAGCCUUCUGAUUCAGCAUGCCUCUAACAUCUGCGUCAUAGCAGAAGAGAGAGAUCAGCAAAUGAAGAAAACUUACAUAAUUCAGAUGGACAAGUCAAAAGUACCAGCAAGCUUUGACAAUGACCAUUACCAUUGGUAUGGCUCAUCUUUGAGAUCAGUGUCGGCUUCAGCAGACAUGCUUUACACGUACCAGAAUCUAGUUCACGGCUUCUCCGCCAGGCUAACGAGUGAGGAAGCUGAGCUGCUCGAAAAACAGUCAGAUAUUCUUUCAGUCCUACCUGAGAUGAGAUAUGAGCUUGAUACAACUCGGACACCGGAGUUUCUUGGAAUAACAGGACAAUUUGAAGCCGUCUUUCCAGCAUCAGCCAAUGUGAGUAAGGUGGUAAUUGGAGUUGUAGACACUGGUGUAUGGCCUGAGAGCAAAUGCUACAACGACAAGGGUCUUGCACCUGUGCCAAGGAGCUGGAAAGGGAAGUGUGAGGAGGGUAAAAACUUCAACUCCUCGAGCUGCAACCGGAAACUGAUUGGCGCCAGGUUUUUCUCGAAAGGGUAUGAAGCAGCACACGGACGCAUAAAUGAAAUGGUAGAAUCAAGAUCACCAAGAGAUGAUGACGGCCAUGGAACUCACACCUCAAGCAUAGCUGCUGGUUCUCCUGUUCCAGGAGCAAGCUUCUUUGGCUAUGCAUCAGGUACAGCACAAGGAAUGGCUGCACAAGCACGUAUUGCCGCAUACAAGGCAUGCUGGGUUGGAGGGUGUUUCGGCUCUGACGUUUUGGCUGCAAUGGACAAGGCUGUUAAAGAUGGUGUCAACAUUUUAUCGUUGUCCUUGUCCUUUCCAGGAGCACAGUACGACGAUCCCUCCAUAGACAUUGUUGCCAUUGGAGCUUUUUCGGCCAUGGCUAAGGGAGUGCUCGUGUCAUGUUCGGCUGGAAAUAAUGGGCCAAAUUCCUACAGCUCAUCCAACAAUGCACCUUGGGUAACCACUGUGGGUGCAGGAACACUAGACCGGGACUUCCCAGCUUAUGUUACUCUUGGAAAUGGAAAGAUAUACAGAUGUAUAGCACUCGAUCAUGAUACAGUACCAUUACCUACUGGUUUAAUUCCUAUUGUUUAUGCUCCUAAUGCAAGUAACUCCACAAGCGUUGUUCAAUGCGCUCCUAACACUUUAAUUCCUGAAAUUGUUGCCGGAAAAAUUGUGGUAUGCGAUCGGGGAGGAAGCAGGGUCGAAAAGAGUGUGGUGGUAAAAAAGGCUGGAGGUUUGGGGAUGAUUUUGGCAAACACAGCAUAUUAUGGCGAAGAACUUGUGGCCGACCCCUAUCUCUUGCCAACUGCAUUGGUUGGCAAGAAAGCUGGCGAUGCAAUAAAGAGAUAUAUUGCCUCCCAUGGUAAUCCGAAAGCCACACUGGUUUUCAGGAAGACACAGUUGGGCAUCAAACCCUCACCAGUGGUGGCGGCAUUCAGCUCCAGAGGACCCAACCCAGUCACUACAGCAGUACUCAAACCAGACUUGAUAGCACCAGGAGUGAAUAUUUUAGCUGGGUGGACUGGUGCAGCCGGACCAACUGGACUACCUGAAGACAAGAGGAGGGUGAACUUCAACAUCAUUUCAGGUACAUCCAUGUCAUGCCCACAUGUGAGUGGGAUUGCCGCCCUUCUCAAGGCAGCUCACCCAGAAUGGAGCCCUGCUGCCAUCAAAUCUGCUCUCAUGACCACAUCCUAUACAAGAAAAAAUGGAAAACCAAUCAAAGAUGUGGCUACUGGAAAGCCUGCAACACCGUUUGAUUAUGGAGCUGGGCAUGUUAACCCAGUCGCAGCCCUCGACCCAGGACUUGUGUACGAUCUUGCAGUCAAGGACUACCUACGCUUCCUCUGUGCUAUGAAUUACACAACAGAAGAUAUAAAGAAACUCACUCACAGAGACUUCACCUGUGACUCGAGCAAGAAAUACAGAGUUGAAGAUUUCAAUUACCCAUCUUUUGCUGCUACUAUUAAUACAUCUGAUGAAGGGGUGGGGGGAGGAUCUGUCAAUUACACUAGGACUCUAACCAAUGUUGGUACCCCAGCAAGAUACAAGGUCCGAGUAACUAAAAAAUCCCCAUUAGUGGAGAUCUUGAUUGAGCCUAAAUCAUUGAGUUUCAGCCAAGCAAAUGAGAAGAAGACUUACACAGUGACUUUUAUUGCCAGUCCUAUGCCAUCUGGUACAACCAGCUCUGCUUACUUGCAGUGGUCCGAUGGGAAACACGUAGUAGGUAGUCCUAUUGCCAUUGAGUGGAUUUAGUAUCAACAGCAUUGCUAAACCCGAUCUUAGUCCAGAUCAUGGGGCAAAGAAUGUAUCUAGAGCUAGGCCAACAAUAAGAUUAAGUUAUUUGUUUCCACAACUACAAGAAAUAAAACUCAAAUAUUCCAAUCAGACCAAAACAUCUGUGAUCAUGUUUAUGAGUUUCUUAACCUGUGUGAGAGAUUUCCAUAAGCACUACUUGGCAUAAUUCAAAGACCAUUCUCUUACUGAUUUUUCUUCUGUUUUCUUUUCUUCUACA